AGAGGCGGAAGUGGCGGCGGCGCGUUCCGGUGCUGAGCUGGCGCGGCAGAGCGGUCCGGCGGCGGCGGGAGCUCCUUGGCGGGUUAGAGCCGCUCCUCGGUGCUGACCCCCUGCCCUGCUGCAGUCUUGGUUCAUGCAACCUGUCAGUGCUCAAGAGAUAAUAAGGAAUGGCAAGAAAGACCUGUGUGUGACUGCUCUACCUUGGAAACAUUACUAUUGAAUCAGGAGACCCAUGAGCUCCUUGGAGUACAAAGCAGGCUCAAGAUGCUGAGCCGUUUGUCAGGUUUAGCAAGUACUGUUUUACAAGAGCUGUCUGGGGAUGAUGGAGAUGCAGUUACUGAACCAUCUAUUGCUGUAGAAGCUUUGCAGUCAGAAGCAGAAAGCAUGGAGGAAGCACCUGAGGAGGUGUUGGAGCGCCUAGCCCAAACAGAAAAGCUGGUUGUUCAGCUGAAGGAUUUGAUUCGAGAAAAGGAUGCCCUGCUCCAGGAAAAAGAAACUGUGCUCAAGAAAGAACGAGAGGCUGCGGAUGCCAAGCUGAUGAAACUUAAACUUCAAGCCAAAGCCAAACUGGCCUCUCUGAACAAACGCAUUGAGGAGCUGACAGAGAAAGGAGCACCGCUGCCUACACAGGCCUCAGCAGAAGAGCUGGAGGAUCCCAAGAAAAACGAAAAUACAAGUGAAGGGCACAGAGAGGAAGUGGAAGUACUGAAAAAGCAGCUCAGGGAGCAAGAGGAGACUGUUCAGGAUCUGAAAAAACAGCUGGCUGUAGCCGAAGUGAAUCUGAAAGAUGCUGAAAUCAAGUAUGCAACACAGCUGAGCUCCCUGCAGGAAGUGAUUCAGGAGAAGGAAGCUCUCCUGGAAGAGCAUGUGCACCAGCAUCAAGCUGAAUUGCGCAAGAUGGUGGUCCAGUCAGAUAUGGAAGUAGAGAAGCAACAGAACCUGUGCACACUUCAGAGAAAGCUCGAGGAGCAGGAAGCAGCUCUGUUAGGACGAACUCAGAUGGUAGAACUGCUGCAGCAGGAGUUACACACUGCUGAAAAACAAAACCAGAUGCUCCUGGAUCAGUGCCAGAAGAUGGAAGUGGAACUAAGCUACAUGAGGGAUGUGUUAGAUGCAGAGAGACGAGGGGCUCAGGAUCUCAGGGAGAAGAUGGAGCUGGAGCUGGCUGAGAGGAAGCUGUCUUCCCAUCGCCUGCUGGAGGAGGUGCAGUGUCUCUCAGAACAGCUGGAGGAGGCCAGAAGAGCACAAGCUGAGCUAGAGGUGAAGUAUAAAGACCUGGAGCAGGAACGCAGGCUGGAGGUGGCAGAGAAGAAGCGGCUGCUCAGUCGUCUCAUGGUGGCUGAAGAGGAGCUGCCACGUGGCCGUGCUGUCCCUGGGGCUGAGCAGCAGGAGCAGGACGCUGGCCAGCCCUCAGUGCCAGCUGUGGGACUCGGAGCACGGGAUGAAUGUCUACAGAAGUUUGAAGAAUUUGUCUGCUGUCAGGACGAGCUGAAAUCUCAGCCACAAGUGCAGCUCUCUGAACUGGGGCAGCAGGAUGAAUCAGCAUCACAGAAAAAAAUAGUAGACCAGGAAGACCAGAAUGAGACUUCAUUCCUACCCACAGAAAACUUGGAAAGACAGAAGACAGAAGAAAUACCACAUUUGCAACUUGUUCUCCGGGAGUCUCAGCAGGAAGCUGUGCUGGUCACAGAAGAUGCAGAACAGAAUAAGAAUAUUGGUGCUGAGGCAAAAUUGCAAGACCUGUGGACUGUGGAGGCUCCAGCCUCUUAUGCAGACUGCUCUUCUUCUACAGGUGUGUUAGGAGAGCUGGUGAAUUCUGAAAUGCAAAGGCCUUUUGGUGACACUUCUGUGCUCUCUGAGGCAAGAACAGAUGGCUUUACCAAUAGAAGCAAGCAGCUUACUGAGGAAGGUUGUCCACCUGGAAUUCUGGACUAUAUUGCUGCGGAGAAACAGAAGGAGCUGUCAGUUUUGCUGCUGGAACUGAAAGAAGCCCAAGAAGAAAUAACUCUUCUGAAAAGCCAGCUCAAGGGCCCCAGUGGCCAAACUUCUACAGGCAGCCAAACAGAAGCUAACCAGCUGGAAGAGAGUUCACAGAUGCAGUGUCUGGACAGGGAGGAGCAGAAGGCUUCAGAUACACAGAGGUCUUAUUACCGAAAAGAAACGGAAAAGCAGAAAAUUUGCUUUCUUCAGGAAAAUGGAAUCAGCUUCCAAGAUGAGCCUCGGGGAAGCCCUGGCACCUCUCAAUCUCAAGAGCUGAUCAAGCUACAAAACCAAAUUACAGAACUGCAAAUAAUUCUGCAGAAAUCAGAAGAAUCCUUUAGGAAAGAACUAGGAGAAAAAUGUGCAGAAAUAAAUAGGCUAAACCAGUUGGCUGAGGAAUACAGGAAAAAAGGAGAGGAUCCUGACAGUACAUUUUGUGUUUUGACUGAUGAACAAGAUCAGCUCUUGUGUCAGGCCAAAGAACUUUCUACCAUAACAGAACUGAAGGAGCAAGUGAAGCAACUGGAGGAAGAGCUAGCUCUUUCAGAAAAGCAGAGACUGUCAGACAGUCAAAGCAGCCUUCUAAGAGAGCAAAUCCAGAGCCUUAAAAAUGAAUUUAAAUCCAAGGAUAUAAAAAUUGAAGCUUUGCAAAGGGACUUGGAUGAAGCACAACUUCAGCUUUCUGACCAGGACAUGCAACUAAAGGAUCUGAGAAGCCAGGUUGAGACAAAGGAAUGUGAAGUACUUGAUCUAGGACAACUUUUGAAGAAGAAUACAGCAGAGAUGGAAGAGCUUUGCCGCAAGUUAACCUUAAAGGGACGCGAGGCAGCAAGCCUGGAACAGCUUGUUGCUGAGCACACCAGGUCUAUAGAGAGCCUGCAACAAGCCUUGCAGCAAAAGGACCAACAGAUGGCAGAGAUCAGUGUCAGCAUGUCUGAGAAAAUGGUCCUGCUGAAUGAAGAGAAAUUUGCUCUAGGAAACGAGCUGAAGAGUCUUAAGGAGCAGACAAGUCUGUUAUUAAAAUCCCAGGAAGAAAAAGAACAGAACAUAGGAGCAAAAGAUACAUGUCUGAAGUGUGGGGUAUCCAAGCAGCAGAAUGAGGCAGAAGCAGUGAGUAAAGAAAAUGAGGAAUUAGUAAAUCAAGUUGAACUUCUGAGAAAAGAAAAUGAGCAAGUAAAGCGGAAGCUGCAAGCAGUAUUUGUGAACAGGAAGGAGCUUCUGAAGAAGGUAACCAGAUUGGAGAAUGAAUUAGAACAACUGAGUAGAGAACAAAAAUCAGAAACCUCAGUGGCUCAGGCAGCUGCAGGGGAGGAAGACCUGAGAAGCAUGAUCAGCAAAGAAAUGGGUCUUGAAAACCAGCCCCAUGAGGACUAUCUAAUUCAGCUGCUUUCUGAAAAGGAAUCUGAGCUGCAGAGCAUCCGGGAGGAAAAAGAAACUACUGAAGCACGACUGCAGGCAGUGAUUGAGGAAAUGAGGCAAAGCUUGCAAGAUAGGGCAAACACUGCUUCAGUUAAAGAUGAAGUCAUGGAGCAUCAGACAAUUCCUGACAAAGUAACUGAAACCAAUGAAAGCCCAGAAGAUGAUGAAGAAAAUGAGAAACAUAGUUCAGCAGGUACAAAUCUGGAAAAAAAACAGAAGUCUGCUCUUGAAGAAAAGAUUUCAGUUCUUGAACAAGAAAAAGAACAACUUCAAAAAAAACUUCAAGAAGCUCUCAUAUCUCGCAAAGACACUAUAAAAAAGGCUCAAGAAAAAGACAGGCAUCACAGAGAACAAUUGAAACAGCAAAAAGAUGAUUACAACAUCCUGCAAGAACAAUUUGAUCAGCAAAGCAAAGAGAAAGACAGUAUCCAGGCUCAGCUCAGACAGCUCCAAGAGCAGAAAGGAUCAGCAGAGAGUAUUUUUAGGAGUCAAGGUGGGUUGGAUUCUUCAUGCAUAGAAGCAGAAGAUACAACAAAUAACAAGCUUGUACAAGUUGCAGAUAUUUCUGAGGAAGAGUGGAAAAAACACCUUGACAAAUUACAGAUGGAGAAAGGGAAAUUGGAAUGUAGUGUCAGCCAUAUGCAAAGGGAGCUUGCUCACAAAUCAGAAUUAAUCUUUGAUUUGCAACAGCACAUAGCACAGUUGUUUGUAGAGAUAGAAGGGCUGAAGAGAACCUCUGACCAAGCUGAAGCUAAGGGAGCAAGUCUUCAGACAGAAUUGGAGGAGAAUCAAGGAAAAAAUUCUGGAGUGGCCAGUCUGGAAGACUUGAAAAUUCUUGUGCAUCAAAAGGAUGAAGAAAUAGAAUUUCUUAGCCAGCAGUUAAAGGAGAAAAGUGACACUCUCAAUAAUGUGCAUGCACAGUUGCUGGAAAAAGAGGAAUCAGUCCAAAGACUAUGUAGUCAGUUGGAGGCUCAGGCAAAGCUGCAUGAGGAGCAAAGCAAGCGACUACAAACAGAGAUGCUUGAAAUUCAGGAGAAGCAAGAGGACAAUGCAGAAGCAGCUAAGCAGAAGAAUCAAAUGCAGAGAAAGUUGCAAGCAGCACUUAUCUCCAGAAAAGAGGCACUAAAGGAGAGCAAAUCUCUAAAAGAAGAGCUGGAUAAUGCUAAAAUUACUAUUGACAGUCUUUCUGUCAAGCUGACAAAUAUGGAAAGCCAAGUAUGUGGCCAUGUUAAAGAAACAGAUACCUUAACAGAAAAGUUAGCGUGCAUCACUCGAGAGCGAGAAAAACUUACUGCAGAAAUUGAUAAACUACUUGGAGAAAAUCAGAAUCUUGAUGGAUGCUGUAAAAACCUUACACUUACUCUGGAUAGAGUUGUUCUAGAGAAGGAGAAGCUGGAGAAGGAGGUGGAAUCAUUGAAGAGCUUUCAAGCCACUGAGAGUUCUGAGUGGCAGGAGAAACACAAGGAGCUUCAAGGAGAAUAUGAAACUCUGCUGCAGUCAUAUGAGAAUGUGAGUAAUGAAGCUGAGCGAAUUCAGCGUGUGUUGGAAACUGUUAGGCAGGAAAAGCAGGAAAUUUUCAUUCAGCUAAAAGGGGCUGAAGCAAAAAAACAGGAAACAGAUAAGCAGCUACAAGAAGCUGAACAGGAGAUUGAUGAAAUGAAGGAGAAAAUGAGGAAAUUUGCAAAAUCAAAGCAACAAAAGAUCCUGGAACUAGAGGAGGAGAAUGAGAAGCUUAGAGCAGAGAUGCAUUUUACAAAUGGAGAGCUGCACAGGACUGGAGAGAGCUUUACAAACACUAGUCUGAAAGAAGACCUGGAGUGCUCUAGGAGGGAGUGCCAGUCUCUUUCUACUCAGCUUGAGACAGUAAUGGCUGAAAAGGAGUCUCUGAAUCAAGAGAUUGUGGACUUGAAGUGCCUUUUGCAGGUAACAGAGUCUGAGCUGAAGGAAAGCAGAGAACUUGCAGACAGGUAUGUUGCCCAGCAGACAGCGGGGGAAGAAACUGAUAAGGCAGUUGCCACACCAUCACCAACAGAAGAGUCUGAAAAUCAAGUGGAUGUAUCUUUUCAACCAGAGCCUUGUGCUGCAGAGCUGGAACAAGAGGCAUUUGAAAGUGAGAGACCUUGUGAGGAUCCUGGUCUCUACAGACAGCAAAUAGCUGAGCUCACCAAGCGAAUCACAGAGAUGGAAGAUAAUAGAAGGGCUUUAGAGCACCAAAUGGGAGAGAAAGUCCAUGAAGUGAAUGAUUUGCAGGCUACGGUAGCAGAGAUGGAGCAAAAGGUCCAAGAAGCCAGAGACGACCUCGUCAGAAUGACAGCACUGAAGGAUGCUCUAGAGGCUGAAAAGGAUGACUUGGAAGAAAGGCUCAUGAAUCAGCUGGCAGAACUUAAUGGAAGUAUUGGAAACUAUCAGCAAGAUGCAACAGACUUACAAAUCAAAAAUGAUCAACUGAGACAUGAGCUUCAGACUUUGCAGAGAAUGAUGCACGAACUGGAGGAGGAGAAAAGUCAGAUGGUAAGGGAGAAAAGCAAAGCAAAUUCAGAAGAGCAAAAGGAAUUUGUGGGAAAGCUAAAAUACAAUUGGAGAGGAGAAAGCAGCACACAUAUAAAGGAGCUUCAAGAACUGCUGAAACAGAAACAGCAGGAGAUUAAGCAGCUGCAGAAGGACUGUAUCAAAAGCCAGGAAAAGAACAGUAGUUUAGAAAGAACUAUUAAAGCUCUGGAAUUUCUGCAGAGUGAGACUCAGAAAGAGGUGGAAGCAGCCAAAGAAACUUCAGCUAAAGCAGUUGAAGACACCAAGAAAGCCCAGGCAGAGCUUGCUCACUGCAGAGUAGUGUUGGAUGACACUCAGAGUGAGGCAGCAAGGGUUUUAGCUGAGAGUAUCAAAGUGAAGGAAGAGUUACAAGCAAACAAAGAGCAAAUUAAAAUUCAAAUUAAGGAAAAGGAUGAAGACUUUGAGAGAAGACUGGAACAGGAAAAAGACAAGCACUCAAAGGAGAUCAAAAACAUGGAAGCAAAGCUGGCAAGAUUGCAGAGAGAGAAGGACCAUAUGGAAACAACAGUUGGUGGUCUGCAGGACUCCUUGAAGACAAAGGAUCAAGAAGCCAAGCAACUGGAAGGCAGUCUAAACAAAACACUAGCCCAGCUUGCAGCCUUCACCAGGAGCAUGUCUUCCCUUCAGGAUGAUAGGGAUAGAGUGAUAGAUGAAUCAAAAACAUGGGAGAAGAAAUUCACUGAAACUAUUCAAAAGAAGGAAGAAGAAAUACAUUGGAAAGAGGAAGCUUGUAAUAUGCUACAGGAACAGGUGAAACAAAUGACCAUGCGUGUAGAGGAACUUCAGACUCAGAUAUCCAGGCUGGAAUGCAACAAGAAAGACUGGGAGGUUGAUUGCAGGAAGGAGAUUCAGCAUCAUCAAAAGACAUGUGAACUGUUGCAGGAGGAAAAAAAAGAGCUUUUGGCUCAGCUUGAAGGGUCUCAGGAACUGUAUGGCAAGUCUCAGAAUGAACAGCAGGAACUGGAGUCUGAAAUCAGCAGCCUAAGAGACCAGCUUGCUGACUUACAGAAUUCCUUCACCAAAUGUGAGCUGGCCAGGGAAGAGCUGGGGACUGUGGUCAAGCAACAAGAGAUGAGUAUCCAGAAUUUUAAACUCAACGGUGAGCAGCUUCAAGCUGACCUGCAGGCUUCCAAGGACCUAACAAAUAAGCUGCAUGAAGAAAUUAGUGCCAAAGAGCAAAAGAUCAUGAGUUUGCUGUCUGCUAAAGAAGAAGCAGUGAUGGCUGCUCUAGCUGAAUUACAACAGCAACAUUCUGAAGAGAUGAAAGAGUUGGAGUGUAGGCUAAAUAAGGAGGAAGAUAAUAAAAAAGCCUUGGAAAAUGAGAAGAACAAACUUCUUGACAAACUCAGUCAUCUCACCGAAAAGAUGAAGACAAUCAGAGAAGAAAGUAAGCAGCAGAAGGCACAGCUGGACUCCUUCACCAAGUCCAUGUCAUCUCUGCAGGACGACCGAGACCGCAUCCUGAGGGACUAUAAGCAGCUCGAGGAACGGCAUCUUGGUAUAAUCCUGGAAAAAGACCAGCUAAUUCAAGAGGCUGCUGCUGAAAACAACAAGCUCAGGGAAGAAAUUAGAAGUUUCCAUAGCCAGAUGGAUGACCUCAACUCUGAGAAUGCCAAGCUGAAUGCAGAGUUGGUGCGCUACAGAGAAGACCUUAACCAAGUGAUUUCAAUAAAGGACUCUCAACAGAAGCAACUUCUCAAAACACAGCUUCAGCGGAUCCAGACUCUGGAAAAUGAGAAGGCAACCAUGGAAACACAGCUGAAAGAGUCAGAGCAUACUCAGGAUGAUCUCAGGAAGUGCAUGGAAGCCUUAAGAGAGGAUAAAGUCAGUAUGUCUCAAGAGAUUGACACUCUCAUGUCCUCUCUGUCGCGGGUGCAGAGUGAGAUGGCAGCAUUACAUGAGGGGAGUCCCAUCGUGGAGUGUCAAGCAGAACUGAAGGCUCGAGAGAAAGAGGUACAACAACUGAGUCAUGAGCUUUCCCUCUCCCAGAAAAGAAUAAGAGAACUUGAGGGGGAACUAGAAUGUGUUCAGAGGGAUGCAGCCAAGAGAGUGGGAGAGGCUGAGGACAGGCUUCGGAAGGAACUGAAGCAUCUGCAUCAUGAUGCAGGGAUAAUGAGGAACGAAACUGAGACAGCUGAAGAGAGAGUAGCAGAGUUGGCACGGGACUUGAUGGAAAUGGAACAGAAAUUGCUUGAAGUCACAGAUGAAAACAAAGAUCUCAGAGCUCAAAUUCAGUCUUUUGGGAGGUCCAUGAGCUCUCUUCAGGAUAGCCGAGACCAGGCCAAUGAAGAGCUUCAUCUUUUGAAACAGAAAUAUUCUACAGACUUAGAGGAACAAAAGAGUCUAGUGCAGACUCUUCAGAAACAGAUGGGUCAACUACAAGAGGAGCAACGUUCCACUGUCAGGGACCGAGAUAUGGUCAGGUCUGAGCUGACAGAACUGCAGAAGGCUAUUGAUGAAAGAGGUCUCUUGGCCCAGAUUGAGGAACUUAAUCAGCAGCUCAGAGCUAAAGAUGAUGAGCUUCUCCACUUGUCUUUGGAAUUGGAAGGCUCUUCCAACCAAGUCAAAUCUUUCUCCAAGGCUAUGGCAAGCCUGCAGAAUGACCGAGACCGUCUGCUGAAUGAAUUGGACAAAACACGUAAGAUCGAAGAAGUGAAACAACAAGCAGAAGGGAGCAUCUCCACCACUGCUUUGGAAGUGCAGAGUCUGAAGAAGGCACUGGCCUCCUUACAGGGUGACAGAGACAGAGUAGUAAGAGAGCUGGAGAACCUGCAGCAGCAAUACAUCCUUGUUGGGGUGGAAGCUGCUGAGAAUUCUCGCUUAAAGGCACAGCUGCAGCAGUGGGAGCAAGAGGCAGACAAACAGAUUCGUCUGCAAGAGCAGCUGAGGCAGGAAGGAGCUGUGUACCAGCAGGAGCUCCAGCAGCUCAGACAGGAGAAGAACACCUGGGAAAAGCAGAGCAGCAGCAUGAAGGAGCAGUACCUGAUGGCCAUUGCAGAGAAGGACAAGGAGCUGAGCCAUUUACAAAGGAUCACACAGGAAAUGAGGCUGCCCUUCAGCAAGGCUCAAGCCAUAGAGGAACAGCACCAAAGCAAGAUUUCUCCAGAACUCCUGAAAGGGGACUUUUCAAGCUUAGAAGCAGAGAUGAAACACCUCCAGGCCCAGCUAAGUGACAGUCUGAAAGAACUGCACCAGAAAGAGCUCAGAAUUCAGCAGUUAAACAGCAAGCUAUCUCAGGUUUUUGAGGAGAAAAAUGCCCUCUCCCUCCAGCUCCGAGGGAGCAGUCGGAGCACCUGUGAGAGCCACCAGCACUACAGCGAGGUCCUGAACCGCUGCCUGGUGCUCGAGAGGCAGCUCCAGGAGCUGCAGGCUGCAGACAAGAGCAUGGAGCUGUUUGCAACAGACGCAGCUCCAGGAGCACCCCAAGAAAAGAAUGAGUCACAGAGAGGCACUUACACACCUGAACUGCAGGAGCUGCAGCUGAGGUUGUCUGAAACAGAACACUUGCAUAGCAGCACAAAGCAGGAUAUGAAGUAUUUGGAGGAGCAGCUGGAGGAAGAGCGGGACCGUCGUCUUGCUGCAGAGGAGGCGCUUUUUGCAGCACAGGAUCAGAUCAGGAGGUUGCAGUCAAGUGAGUGGUCAUCUUCCUUAAGUGCCAGCAUUGAUAUGACUCCAGGUCACGAGCAGUCCUUGCUGAUCGACUCCACGGAUAAUAAUUCCAGCAGAAGCCGGUGUACUCCUGGACUGCGACGCCUGUUACGCUCUCUCUUCCGCUCCCGGGCCCACUUGCCCCUGCUGGUGGCCACGUAUCUGCUUGCUCUCCAUGUCCUGCUCUUCCUGUGCUUCACAGGCCACCUGUGAAUAGGAGUGACAGCUUUUCCUCAGCCUCAGCCCUGUGCAUGCUGAGGGCCUGCACGACCUCGCAGAAGGACAGCACUUGUCCCAGCUGCAGCCUUUCCCAAACCAGCCCUGAAGCAGCAGCUGCACCCAGCCCCUGCUGUCAGUGCUGGUGGUGGGGAACUGCUCCCAGGAGAUCUGCCCUUCCCUUGGUGUUUCUAUGUGAGCGGUUCGUUUUCUGAGCCAGGGUUGUGCUGCAAGCCUCAAGGACAGCAUCUGUUCCUGUACCUGGGAGCAGUACCACUCAUUUUAGAUAGUAUUGUGCUGCAGUAGGAAUAAGAAAAACACUCUUGAGUUGCUGCAGUACUUCAGCACGUCUAAAACUGCACAAUCUUCCCUCUCUUAGGCUGAAUCCAUAAGUGGGGUUGGGGGAACAUUGUAGCUGGAUAUAAAAGAAUUGUCUUCCCUUUCUUCCACCCCUUAGAUUUGCUCCAUGGCUCAGAGCUGUCUGAAAUGCAUAUCCUAAGGAAGUUAUGGGCACUUUAAGGAAUGUGAAUUUUAAAAUCAUGUUUCCUGCUCAGUUGCAUCUCCUGUUGAAGACGGGCCAAAAUUAGUAUAUCUGGCCCUCGUGAGCAUUCCAUUUAAAAUCAGUCAUAUGUCUGCCCUGACAAGUCUGUAAAAUAAUGCCAGUAGUUUAGUUAUUUCAAAUGAAUAGGAAACAUGAAACCUUUUAGCUCUUAAGUUAAAAAUCCUCCUAUUUAUAGCAUUUGUGCACCUCUUAUGAUGGAAGGUGCUGCCUUACCUCUUGUAGAGCAGCCCUGCUCCUGCCUUCUCAUCCACUAAAUACUCGUCACGAGACUGAACCUGCACAGGCUGUGUUGAAGGGGUCCAUAAUAUGCUGUGUGGGCCCAAAGCAAACGCAAAAACUCCAGAAAUAAACUCUCUCCCUUGUGCUGAGGAAGGAGCCAGAGUUCUAAAACCUGGUUUUAGAACCCUCUGGUGUAGAAAGCUGGUGCUGGUGUUUGGGCGUGUUUGGGCAUGUUUGGACCCAAAUCAAAUGAUGCAAAUGGACUGAAUCUUUUAUGAUGUAUGGAAAUAUGGAUAUAUUUCCAUUUGUUUUCUAAAAACCUCCUGAAUUUGAGACUGCCCUCUUCCAAAAGGAGGAUGUUGAAUGCAAAGGAAGUUCAGUGGCGUUCGCUGCCAGAUCCUGAGUGGUCGUUUCAUUCAGAGUACUGACCAGGAGAAUCCUAUCUGCCUCUCAGUAGAGCAUUAACAGUCGCAUUUUUCCUAUGGGAAAGAGGUAGUUCUUUUAGAUAUUGGUAGUAAACUAAGCUGCUCUAGCCAGUGCAGAAUGCCUAUUUGAGGGUGGAUUGAUUUCACUGGUAGCUAAACCAGCUGGAUCUCUGGCAGGUCCAGAGCACUGGCACUAGAUAUCCUCUUGUGGACUGUCUGUGAUUAUCAGUGUGAACUUCCUCUAACUAUGUCAAAUUCAAUGACCGAAUAGUUUGUCUAUAGCUUCCUGGGAUAUGAACUCCUGUAUGUAUAAUAAAGUUUAUUUUUCAGAUGGA